AUGUCUGGUGAGCCGGAUUUGGUGCACACCAGGCAAUCAAAUGUGGAGCUCUUUGAGGCAAACGAUGAAAGCGACAGGGGUUCGGUUCUCAUCCCGGAGUGGAUGAUUCUAAAGGCCCAUGCCCCGAUCUCCGAGUCCUGGAUCCAUAAGAUUAUUAAACAGAUCGUGGAUUCACCUCUUCAUUGGGUCACCCCCUUUGAGGUGGUUCCUGUUGCAGUACUGGCCGUCCAAAGAUACCUGUUAGAGGAUAGGCCAUACUUUUCGGGGCACAAAGCACCCUUUUACUGCUAUGACGUGACUAUCUCUGAUGGAGUGCUGAAGGAAAAGUGCUACCUGGAUCCGGGCUUAAAUCACCUGGUCUAUAAAAAUAUCCUUAGAGUUGGCAUAGAAAUGGAAAUUUCCAGGGUCUCUUUUAUUUUCAAUGAAAGAAAGCUAGACCAGGGCAUACUGUGCAUAGAUAAGAUCCAAUGUGGAAAAGCUUUAGAUAUUAUUUACCCAGAAAUUCCAUUUAGAAAUGGAGUCCAGGGCGAGAGUGCAGAGCGACCACUGAGGGGCCGACAGAAUCAUUACUUGGCUCUCUGGAAUAACGAAGAUCCCUAUGGCUGUAUCUGGUUAAACACCAAGCCUUCUGAGGAAUACAAUUUCGAUGAUACCAAAAUAAUUUCCCUUUCUCACCUUGAAAUGAUCUGGAAUACAAGAAAGAAUUUUCCUGCUUUACUUGUGAGAAUCAUGCAUAAAUCAAAAUUACGAUACUAUGGAAAACCUCAUAACAAAACUCCUGAGCCAUACCAGGCCUUUUUGGAAGUUGCUGAUAGCUCAGGCACUGCGACAGUGACUCUGUGGAGUACCCUUUGUCGUGAGUGGUAUAAAAAUUUGAAUGUUGGUUUAGUUCUUUUACUUCAAGAUUAUUCCGUUAGAAAGAGAUUUCCAUUCAGGAAACAGCCACUCCCAGUGGAUCCACAGAUGAAAGUUAUUUCUUCAAUAGAAAUCUGCUUGAGCCUUCAUGAUUCUCCAAAUAAUAUAACUCUAAUUCCAGAAAUACAGGUGAAACCAGCAUGGGAAUUGCCAAGAUUAAAACACCACUUUCUCUUAAGAUCAGAAUUGGAUAAUGUACCAGAAAAUACUAUUUGUGAUAUUAUUGGCUUUGUAGUUUUUGUAGGAAGAGUUCAGAGGUCAAGAAAGAAAGAAAACCAUGAAGAUUUUUGGAUAUAUCGCUGGAUUCAUGUUAUUGAUGGGACUUCAAAACUUCCAUUUAUAGUGAAACUGUUUUCUACAUCUCAGCCAGAAGUGUUUACAAGUAUUUCCCCACUGGUAUCUUUCGUGUGCACACAAUUGAAAGUUAUUAGAAUCAACAAUGAAGUUCGUAAUAUGCUUUACCUCAUCACUACAAAUGAGAGUCGAAUGUUUACUACUGCUCAUAAAGGUCAAGCAUAUACCCGUGAAGACAAAGUAAGACGUUUUACUCAGUGGUUUAAAGAAAAAUCCUAUAGAGGAGAAAUGAAUAUUUAUACUGUUAUUGGUGGAUAUUAUGCCUACCCACCAGUACUGGAUAUAUCUUCUAAGUACACAUGUUCUCUUAAAGUUGAAUCGCUCUUGACAGCUAUAAGUGAAGUGAGGAAGGUGAUUCAAGAUGUUCAAUAUAGGGAACAAAAGAGAAUUGCAAUUCAGGGGAUAAUUACUGUUAUAAAGUUUAUCCCCCAUAGUGUUGAAACUGAAAGAACCUGUGCAUCAGAAACACUUCAGGAUGCUAAUCAGCCUUCAACAUCCAAAGCAGAUGGAGAAACUCAAAGUUGGUAUAGGAGAGAUAGAAAGCAGCCAAAUGAUGGCCCUAUGAGAUGUCAGUCUGUUCCAGCUAUAGGUGCAAGUUCAAGCCCAAGCAGGAAGAAGAGAAUUGUGCAAGGAUUACAGAAUUCUUUACUGAUUACUGUAUCUCAACCAGAAAUUUCUAUAGAAGAAAGAGAAGAUAAAUGUGGCCAACCAAACUGCUACACAUGUCAAGAAGGUGAAUACAGAAACCCUCUAUGUACUAGCUGGGAAAGUCAUCUGUGGAAAAAGAAAAAGUAUGGCUUAGUAGAUCACCAAAAUUACAGCUUUCUUUAUCCUGAAAGUAUUCCACGGAAAUAUGAUUCAGAAUACAAGCAGUUUCUCUCUAGUCAGUUUAAUGCUCACCCUGCACAGUAUAGUCUACCAACAGAAGCAGACCUGAAACUUGAAAAAUUUAAGAGUGCCGUAAGUCUUGAUGGACAUUUUGAAAUAACUAUUCUAGGUCUGAACCAUGAGAUAGCAAUUGAUGUUGCAUUUCUACCCAUGUAUUCUCCAGAAGAUAUCCAAACAAAUCAAGUGGACACACUUUUAAACAGCAUGAAUUAUGAUUGUGUGUAUCCACAAGUAAAUGAAAAUGUGCCAGAUGCAAAAGAAAUUGCAGGUGAUGUUAUAAGAGCAAUAGUUGAAAUGGAUAGAAUGCAUAUCAUCGCUGUAUUGGAUAUCUUUAAUUUGGGUGAAAAUAAGUUAGAAGUUAUUCUGCAUAGAAUUUAUUGCCCAGAUAACACUUUUAAAGUUGCCAAAUGA